AUGACUUCCUUUGCAUUCAUGAAAUCGGAAAUGGACGCAGCCCAAGCCUUAUUAGAUCUACAAGGAGAUAGUGUUUGUCCUAAUGUUGAUGUACAUACGAUAGAAAAAGCCGCAACAAUAGCCAGAAUAUUUGGAACUUUCAUUAGCUCCCCGGUGACAGAAUUGCCUAAUGCAAGCACUCCAAAGGCAAAAUCGUUUAUAAACAAAAGAAAUAAUGCUGUUGUUACAGAGUCUAAUUUUGAUUUACACAAUAAAGAAAAAAUGUGUGAUGUGGAGAGCCAAACUGAUCUUGAACCAACGCUUUUGGAAAAAAAAGAUCAAUUAAUAAAACAACUCUCAGAAGAAAAUGCUUUUUUAAAACUGCAACUCAGUAAGUAUAAGGAAAGAUCAGCAACGGAUUCCGUUAGUGAAAGAUUGUCUGAAUCUUCUAACGAAAAUAUUGUUGUUGAGCGAAGUUCUUACAGACACCGUAAGAGAUCUUCAACUAAUAAUACUGACUCAAGUGUCGUUGAAGAUACAACAGUUUUAAGAGAACGAGAGGUAAAUGAUAUUGACGAAAACAAAACACUAAAGAAAUGUAAAAGGGUUCAUAACUUAUACAGCGAUAUGGUGUCAAUAGGAGAUGGCAAUGCAACGGUUCCGUCUCGACUUCUGAAAUAUAUAGACUGGUCGUCUUAUACAAAUGCUACUCGAAAAUUGUUAACCGCAGUAUUUUCACGACAAGUUCUGGCAACUCAUUCGCUAACAGGAAAACCAUCCCCAGCCUUUCCCAAUAAACCAGCCAAAAAGAAGUUAAACGCAGCUUUAGUGAACGAUAUUGUUCAAACUGUCGUAGAAAAAUGUGGUGUUCCAGAGAGCGUAGUAAGAACCAGUAUUACUACCAAAUGUGCCGACGAAAGCAAAAUGUUCAGAACUCGCCAACAACAUAAGAAAAAAAGGAAAUCUAUAAAAAAAGAAAAUCUGCCGCCAUCGGAUGAGUCUGAUAUUUCAGAUGAAUCAUAUCUUUCCACUAAAAUG